UACUUAUAGCAAGUGGGUAAGGCAAUCAAUUAUAGAAAGUACCAAACCCACAAGGCGUGAGAGCACCGAAAGACUCAAAAGAGAUGCUUGCCCAAUGUUUGAGAUACUGUCGGAAAACUCCACCACCAUCGAACUUUUAAACUCUGUUCCGAUCAGUGUUCAGGUUAUUAUGUAUGUUGGACACCUUCAAUCGUUGAUGUGUAGUUUUUUUAGGUUAAUCACUGCAAACUUUUAGGGGUUGGGCUUUAGACUAAUCUAUUCUCAUUACAAGUAGCUAUGCAACCCAGUGGUGCAAAAGAUACACAACUCCGUGAGAGCAACAGCCAGAAGGUCCAUCCACAACCUAUGGAGGAAGCCGCAAACCAAAAUCCUGAAGCAGUUGAAGCUGUGGUAUCUAGGAUUUUUACAAAUAUCUCUUCCCUGAAAUCUGCCUACAUUCAACUCCAAUCUGCUCAUACUCCUUAUGACCCUGACAAAAUCCAAGCUGCCGAUAAACUUGUAAUUUCAGAGCUGAAGAAUCUCUCUGAACUGAAGCACUUCUACAGGGAGCAUAAUCCCAAACCUGUGUGUGUUUCACCUCAGGAUUCUCGCUUGGCUGCAGAGAUCCAAGAACAGCAGAGUUUGUUGAAAACAUAUGAAGUUAUGGUGAAGAAGUUUCAAUCUGAGAUUCAGAACAAAGAUUCUGAGAUUCUUCAGCUGCAGCAGCAGAUACUAGAGGCCAGUCAGAAGCGGAUUAAAUUGGAGAAAAACCUUAAGCUCAGGGGCUUGUCAGAGAAAGAAUCGGAGAAUGCAGUUAACGAGGAUGGGCAUUUCUCUGUGGACCUAACUCCUGAGCUUUUCAGGUCAGCCGUGGAAGGUGCUUAUAGGGCCAUUCACGACUUCUCUAAGCCACUGAUCAACAUGAUGAAAGCUGCUGGUUGGGAUCUUGAUGCUGCAGCAAACUCCAUAGAGCCAGAUCUAGUUUAUGCAAAGAGAGCUCACAAGAAAUAUGCUUUUGAAUCACAUAUCUGCCAAAGAAUGUUUGCUGAAUUUCAGAAUGAGUUCUUCUCUGUGAAAUAUGAGAAUUCAGCUGUCCCCAAUGAUAGUUUUUACCACCAGUAUCUUGCAUUACGGGAAUCAGAUCCACUGGAUGUUGUAGUCCAAAAUCCCAAGUCCCUUUUUGGGAACUUUUGCCGGAAGAAAUAUUUGGAGGUGGUUCAUUCGAAGAUGGAGUCUGCAUUUUUUGGGAACUUGGAUCAGCGAAACUAUAUUAUGAGUGGUGGACACCCAAGAACAGCUUUCUAUCAGGCCUUUCUGAAACUAACCAAGUCAAUUUGGCUUUUGCAUAGGUUGGCAUAUUCAUUUGAUCCUCCAGUCAGGGUUUUCCAAGUCCAGAGGGGAACCGACUUCUCAGAGGUUUAUAUGGAAAGUGUUCUGGAAAAUUUCACUGUAGAUGAAAACGAGAAGCCUAAGGUUGGUCUAAUGGUAAUGCCUGGUUUCUAUGUCGGGGGCAGUGCGAUCAAGUGCCAAGUCUACCUAACUGGCGUGAAGGUUACCGAAUGAUAUUAUAUCUAUCCUGUUUUCUGCUUUAUCAUUUAUGUUUUAGCAGGUGUUUUUCUUGUAACAUGCUGGUCAGUUUGAUGUAAAAUGUGUCUUGAGCUAAUGCCUAGAUAUCUCAAAGAUUGUAAGUUGGUCUGUAUCCCGACUAUAAGUUUUCUCAUGAACUUUUGCGUUUAUUCAUGAAAAAUACAUUUUGGUUCCAAAACUGAAUGUGUAUCGCAUAUAUGUUUGCCGGUAUGUCAAUGAUAGUACAUUAUCUGUGCAAGUUUUAUGAUAUGGAAA